CGUUCCCGAUUUAAGAAAGAUUUGGAGGAAUAUUGGAAAGGAAUAAUUCAGGAAUGCGAAAUUGUAAAACUCAAAAAAUGGCAUAUUCAACCCGAGCUUAAUUCGAUCUCAGAAGAUGAUUCUGGUAUUGAUUUUAGUAAAGAUUUUUAUGAAGGAAGGGACACAUCCAUCGAAGAUAAUAGUUCUACCAGUAGAGUUGCUGAUGUUUUAGGAUCUCAACGAAAAAUUAGUAGGAAGAGAAAGAACGUAACACCUACUCCAGCUCGCAACAUAAUCUUCAGAAUCUUAACCAAAUUGAUUAUAAUGUUGGUUCUUUGUCUAAAAAGCGUCAUAGAAAUAAACCUGUAA